UUUGCUUUGUCAAAUCGAAAGAUGGAAGCGGCUGUAGCCCGUAAACAGGAUUUGCCCCCUCCGGGGGGCUACAAACCUAUCCCUUUCAAAAGGGUCCCCGCAAGAACAUUAUUUAGCGGGUAUACUAUGUUCGCUGGCUACUUUGGCAUAACAGCUUUUGCAAUGUACCUCUAUAGCUUGAACUACAAGCAAAUCGUCAAGGAUGAAAUUGAGAUGCGUUCUGCCAAGAUGGCAAUAUUCCCGAUGCUGCUUGCUGAGAGAGACAGAGCUUACCUGAAGCAGCUCCGCAAGAACCGUGAUGCUGAAGCUGAGCUUAUGAAGGACGUUCCCGGAUGGGAGGUCGGCACCUACUACGGUGAGAAGAUUUACAAACUUCUCCCCCCUGACAGUUUCGUGGACCCCAUCUUCCAUGAGUAUUACGCUCACUCCAGGUCCUGGGAGUGGUACCAGCGCGCCUACCUCAAGCUGCGCUCUUAAGUGCAUAGACAAUGUGGUCAUAGGCAAGACCUAUACAACCUGUUUGUCUGAUACAUGUCUGCUUGUGACACAAAGUGCAGUACUGUGUUUAGGUGUUUUCUUUUGAAUAAAGCUUAGUGAAUAA